AUGGUCGCAGACGCCCUAGUCUAUCACCCUGCGGUGACCCAUUACCUCCGAUAUGUCGCGACGACCGUCGGCCGUGACAAGGUGCUUCGUACCAUCCAAUACUUCGCUCGGUUCUAUGCCUGGUAUCUGUAUCGGACCAACAACCCGACAAGUUCCAUCCUGCCAUGGGUGGCCAUCAAGAAUCAAUUCGGCCUGACGAGGAAGAUUCUGCGGGUGGGCAAGUUCGUCGAACACAUCCGCGCCGCCUCCGAGCUCUAUGAUGCCGCGGUGAAGUCGGGCAGUGGGGAUAAGGUCACGCAGUACCUGCAGAUCCUGCGCCAAAUUGGCUACGCCGGCUACAUGGUGUUCGACACCAUGACCGUCUUGGACGCGAUGGGGGUGAAGAAGGACCCCAAAGCAAAGAAAUAUCAGGUCAAUGCCUACCGCUUUUGGCUGACUGGUCUGGUGGCCAGCGUGCUGGCGGGCAUUUACAACGGCUACAAGUUGCGCCAGAGAGCCAAGGUUGUAGACGAAAAGGAUGCAGAAGCCAAGGUGGAAAAGGUCAAGAUUGCAAGGCAACAACGGGCGGUCAACAUUCAACUGCUCUCGGACCUCUGCGAUCUCACGGUGCCCAGCACUGCUCUAGGAUAUGCCAACUUCGACGACGGCAUUGUUGGUCUGGCUGGCACUACCAGCAGUUUGCUUGGAGUGUACAGUGCCUGGCAGAAGACUGCCUGA